AUGCUAGCGAGACCUCCAUCGUCGGCCUCGUGGUCCGUGUCUCAGUCCCGCGCCCGCUCUCCGUCGUCCGUAGCCAGCAGCAUCGCCAGCUCGAUUGCAAGCGGGAAAGGCCGGCAUGCCGAGCCCGGCACCACUGAUGUGUCCAUAGAACCUGCGAGCUUGUCUAUGCCUCCUCCCUCGAGGUCGUUGAUGCCGCUUCAUCCUCCGUCGCCCUCGUACAAUAUGUACGACUCGUCCGGUUCCGAGGCGCGGAAUGAACACUACCCUUCUAGUAUUACCGGCACCCCUAUCGCUACUUCUACUCCUACCGCGAAUGGCGAACUCGCAGUCAAGGGAAUCGACAAUACUCCAAAGCUCCUGCCCGGCCACCCCCCAGUGGAACCGACUUCACACGGCCACCUGCCCGAACCUAGUACGAAUCUCCUUUCAUCCUCCUCGGAGAACGAGGCUGGGAAGCGGAUCUCGGUCUCGUCUGCGUUCUCUUUGGCAUCUACUCGCGGAGGCCCCAACAACCAGAGCUCUACCACAUCCACUGCCGGGUCCGAUAACGGCAGUGUCCCGCCGGGCAUCAUGGCUUCCGGAAAAGGCGUGGGCGUGGCACCGGGACAGUCCGAGCCUGGUGUAUCGGCCGUGACGGUUACCACGUCUUCCAGCUCAAAUGCCCUGAAUAGUGUCGAUGGUCCACAGUUGACGCCGCGGGAUAGUUAUUAUACUAACCCUCUGGAUCUCGUCAAACGGACUCCCGCGCCCACAUCCAACCCUGGCUCUCGAUCACAGGUGGCUAGAUCCCGGAGUAGGGCUAAGCGCCGCUUCAGCGGGAGCACUGCCAAUAGCAGUCAUAGUCCUAGUAGCGACCGUGGUCCUCAAAGUAGAGACAAGGAUGAGAUCAGGCCAGCCCCAUGGGGGAUCAUCGGCGUUUGCGCCCUGGAUUCCAAAGCCAGGAGCAAGCCAAGCAGGAACAUUCUAAAUAGAUUGAUCACAAACCGCGAGUUUGACGUGGUUGUGUUCGGGGAUAAGACGAUUCUUGAUGAAGAGGUAGAGAAUUGGCCGAUAUGUGACUACUUGAUUUCCUUUUACUCAGAUGGGUUCCCCUUGGACAAGGCAAUCUCCUAUGUCAAAGCCCGGAAACCGUUCUGUGUCAACGACCUGCCGAUGCAAAAAAUACUCUGGGACAGACGAGUCUGCUUGCGAAUGCUCGACAAAAUUAGCGUACCUACCCCCAAGCGAGUCGAAGUGAAUCGAGAUGGCGGGCCGAGCGUGCUGACACCGGAUGUGGCGAAACAUAUAAAAGAUGUUAGCGGUAUCACUGUGGAGCCAUACGGACCGGAAAACUACCGUUUCCCUCGCAAGGUAGAGUUGCUCGAUGACGACGAUAUCCUCAGUGUGGACGGCGCGUUAUUAAAGAAGCCAUUUGUUGAAAAGCCGACCAGCGGCGAGGAUCACAACAUCAUCAUUUAUUUUCCCAAAUCUGCCGGCGGAGGCGCCCGCAAACUCUUUAGAAAAAUCGGCAACAAGAGCUCGGAACUUGUCAAGGAUCUCGUCGUCCCUCGUGCCAUCACCGAACCGGAAGGCAGUUUCAUAUACGAGAAAUUCAUGCAGGUCGACAAUGCGGAAGAUGUGAAAGCCUACACCGUAGGGCCACAGUAUUGUCAUGCCGAAACGAGAAAGUCGCCCGUCGUAGACGGCAUCGUCCGGCGCAACACCCACGGGAAAGAAAUUCGCUACGUCACCUCUCUAUGCCCAGAGGAGAAGGAGAUUGCGACCAAAAUCGCCAACACAUUCGGUCAACGUGUCUGUGGCUUCGAUUUACUUCGGGCUGGGGGCAAGAGCUAUGUCAUAGAUGUCAAUGGCUGGAGCUUCGUUAAAGACAAUGACACAUACUAUGACCACUGUGCUAGCAUAUUGAAGGAUAUCUUCGUUAAGGAGAAGAUACGCCGUGGCGGUCCAACACCGCCUAUGCCAUCCCCUACCAUUUCUGAUAUCGGCGAUCCUCUAGCUCGGGCUCUACUAGCCAGUAAAGAGAGAGACUUACAGGCUGCCACACGGAACCCAAGCCAGACGAAGCUUGUAGGAGCUGGUAGUACGCUGUUGCCCGAGGAGAGUAAAGAAGUGAGCAAGGAUGAGCAUAGCGCAGGUAGCACGUCGGCCCCCAAGCCUGAUCUGGGGAUCGCGGGAAUCGCGGCGAGGCUGCAAACUAGCAUCAUCGGGCCCAUGGCCUACCUCACCAGCGGUUCCGCAUCGAGUAGUUUGCCAGCUACCGCCCCACCGACUCUCCCAACCACUCCUUCAGGGGCAACAGACGACAAGAUUGAUGAUCAGUUGGAACAACCGACGCCGCCCCCGCCCCCGCCGAAACACUCUUGGAAACUCAAGGGCAUGGUUUCCGUCAUUCGUCACGCCGACCGUACUCCAAAGCAAAAGUACAAGUUCACCUUCCACACCCAACCAUUCAUCGAUCUCCUAAAAGGCCACCAAGAAGAAGUCCUCUUGAUCGGAGAGCCAGCCUUGGCUAGUGUUCUUGAUGCUGUCGAUCUGGCCCUGAGGGCUGGCGAAGAAGACCGAAACAAGCUGAAGUCCCUUCGCAACGUGUUGGUUAAGAAAGGGGGCUGGGCAGGCACAAAGGUUCAAAUCAAGCCCAUGUUUCGUAAGAAGAAAACGCCCGAAAUAACCCCUGGGUCAACUCCUAACAUCACAGGGGACGUCAAAACGGAGUCCGAAAUUUCGGAUCUUUCGCUCAGGGACCAGAGAAAAGCGAAAGACCAGGGAGGGCUCUCCCGCGCAAAAGAACAGCUAGGGGCUAAGGACGGCCAGGACAGAUAUGAAGGUGCCGAAACCAGUGCGUCCGAUGGUGAAAAUCAACCAACCUGGCAACCGCGACGCCAAGACUCUAUGUCAGGGGUUACGAUGUCCAAAUUCACGGCGGCCGAUAACAGUUUCGUUCUCGACAAGCUACAGCUCAUCGUCAAAUGGGGAGGAGAACCGACCCAUUCCGCUCGCUACCAAGCGCAGGAAUUGGCACAAAAUAUGCGGAACGAUUACCUCCUGUUGAACCGCGAUAUCCUGGAUCAGGUUCACGUCUUUAGUAGUUCCGAGAGAAGGGUUACUACUAGCGCACAGAUCUGGGCUGCGUCAUUUGUUGAUAAAAACGAUAUUCCGGAGGACUUCAUCACCAUACGGAAGGACCUCCUCGAUGACUCCAAUGCAGCAAAAGACGAGAUGGACAAAGUGAAGAAGAAGUUGAAAGGAUUGCUACGCGAGGGGAACGAGCGGCCACCUCAGUUCGCCUGGCCUGAAGGCAUGCCCGAACCCUCCGAGGUACAGACGCGAGUCGUACAGCUGAUGAACUUCCACCGUCGUGUAAUGCAAUAUAAUUAUAGCAAACUGUAUAGUGGUGCUGUGAACUCCCUCAACGCUAUCAACUCUCCUCCUGGCCUGGAGAAGGCCCACGGCGAGGGAUCCGGCGCAUCGCCUUCUCCGUCACUUUCCCAAGCAAACGCCGUCAACAACAUCCAGCCCCGUUGGUGCUGUGGCGAAGAUGCGGAAUUAUUCCGCGAGCGGUGGGAGAAGCUCUUUGCAGAGUUCUGGGACCACGAGAAAGUUGAUCCCAGCAAGAUAUCGGAAUUGUACGACACGAUGAAAUUCGAUGCCCUACACAACCGCCAAUUUCUAGAGUGGGUUUUCACGCCCCCAAGGCAUAUGUUAGAAGAGGAGUUUGGCAUAACAAUUAAUCGCGAGAGCAAAGCAACGCCCAAGCAAUCUGAGGACGGCGGAGGGGCAGCAGGCGACAAGCCCGACGAUAGCCAAACUCCGGAUUCGCUAUCCGGGGAGAAACUUGACAAGCUAGAUCGGCUGGAGAGGGUAGACAAGGCUGAGAAGCCAGAGGCCCAGAAGGCCGUGAGGCGAAUCUUCCGGAGGCGGUCGUGGAUGAAGCAUCCCAGCGAAGUCGAUAAACCCGCCGAAUAUUUCCACUUAGCCAAGGGUAAUAGUCGGACAAAAGCAAAGACAGACGAAUGCUUCGAGCCUCUUCGGGAGCUCUACCAGUUAGCGAAGGUGUUGUUCGAUUUCAUCUGCCCGCAGGAAUACGGCAUUUCGGAUAGCGAGAAGCUCGAAAUCGGACUUCUAACAUCUCUGCCCCUACUUAAGGAGAUCGUCCAGGAUCUUGAAGAGAUGCAGGCCUCGGACGAUGCUCAAUCAUUCUUCUAUUUCACCAAGGAGUCGCAUAUUUACACAUUGCUGAACUGCAUCCUCGAGGGUGGCAUCGAAACCAAGAUUAAUCGAAGAACGAUUCCCGAGCUCGACUAUCUUUCGCAGAUAUGUUUCGAGUUGUACGAGUCUGAGAACAAGGCACCCGUGGACACGUCUCCUGCCAACCAGCCCUCGUUCAGUUACAGCAUUCGGGUCACGAUCAGUCCCGGCUGCCAUAUCUUCGACCCGUUAGACAUCCAACUAGAUAGCAAGCACUGCAUAGGGUGUGCACCGCGAAGAAGCCUGACACCCCAUGGAGACUGGAAGAAAGUUAUCGAGACUCUUAGAGCCAAGUUCCAUCAGGUCAAAUUACCCAAGACGUUUCUCGCGGUAAACCUCUCGGACGCCUUCACGUUCCAGGAGAAGGAGCGCCAAAACUCCGAAGCGGAUUGCCUAGAGAAAGAUUCGGUGAGCAAUGAAACCGGCGGCGUCGAAAUGAAAAAUGACCAGCUGGAAAUCUCCUCGCCGUCGAAACCCGAUCACCGUGACCACACCGAAGAGACCAUUGAUGAAAAAUCUCUUCCACCUCCUAUUGUAACGGCUAAUACGGUAGCUCUGCCUCCGGCCGCAGACGCAUCGGGAAUAACGGCCUCCGAAUCGGAUGAUUGCAGGGCACGCGCCCCUAACCAACAGCAGUGA